AUGGGUCGGCUCGACUCGGGUGAUACCACGGCCCCACGAAAAACCGGCGUGAAACAACAACAGCAUUGUAUUUCGCCGUACAGCUCGAAAUUCUCGGAAUUCCUUCUUACUUUGGGUAACAAAUUCAUUGCUGGUGGUGACUGGAAUGCCAAACACACUCACUGGGGCUCCAGGUUAAUAACAACAAGAGGUAGACAGCUUAAGGCGAGCAUCGACGCCAACGGUAUGCACUCGAUCUCAUCCUGUGAACCGACAUACUGGCCCACGGAUCCAAACAAAAAGCCUGACCUGCUGGACUUUUUCAUCUUCGGAGGACUCUCGAAACACUAUUUGAAAGCCGAAUCUUGUCACGACAGUAGCUCCGAUCACACCCCUGUAAUUCUGACCAUAAGCACGACUUUGAUAAGCUAUGAAGAACCUGAAUCCCUAUAUAACAAAUUAACUGACUGGGAGGAAUUCAGAGAUCGUUUGGAGGAAAUUAGGAUUAUAUUAGUGAGAGUUGGGAAAGAAAGUGGUGGCUUGGUGGCGGCGGUCGCGCAGGCGGCGCCGCGUGGUGUGGUGGUGGCUCGCUGGCAGUGCUUGUGGCUGGUGGCGGCUGCAGGGUCAGCUGGUGCGCAGCGCAGCCCGCUCGGCUGGGCCAUGGGCAGCUCGCAGCGACUAGCCGCGGUGGCGGCCGUGUCGCACGCACGACAUUAUUACAACCACACGCAAGCAGAUGUACUGCAGACUGAGACAUCCUCGUACAGUAUCAAUAUAUUCUUCGUCAGUGUAACGUUAUGCGGUGUAUUGGUGGCGGUCUGUGCAGCAUGCUGGCGAAGAUCCCCAGCAUCAGAUAAGCCGGAGGACAGUACCGACUGUCAUGGCGUCUACACCGUCAGUGGAGACACAAGGCUGACACAGACCUCAAACCUCCGAUAUACAGGCAUCUCCUAUUAUACCGGUUUCCCACCGCAAUUCCUUUGUGAUACAGCCUUAGAUUGA